GUUAACACCUGUUUAAAAACAAAACAGUCAAAUAAAGAGUUAACCAAGCCACACAUCAGUUUUAUUUAUUUUAAUGUUUAGCAUUAUUUAAUAAAAAAUAUCUUGCCUUAAAUUUAAAAGGUAAUGAACUUCAAAGCUUAAGCCUGCAGUGCUUGUAUCUUACUCAGUAACAGAAUAGUUAAAUUGCUCAUUGCUGUCAAUCAAGUCUUCAGUUGCAGCUGUUCUCAGUUGAGCCAGAGUGACUCUCAGACUGCAGCAGAGGGUUUCUACUAGUAACGUUAUAGCUCUGCCUGGGUUCACCUGACUUACAAGAAGGUUUUAUACAAAUAUAAAGAACAGCUAAGCACUUAAAAGCUUAACUAUUUAGUCUAUUUCCUCGUCGUCCUUGUGUGACACAUGUCGCUGUUUGUGGAGGACCCAGCUCUCCUCUCUAAAUCUAGACUGAAGUCAGAUCUAGUUGCCCACAAUGUCGCGCUGCCACCUGCCAAGAGUAGGAAGGAGGUUUACGUGGAGUUGCACUUAAAACACAUCGAUCAGAAAAACGCAGCGGAUUUUUCUAGCGACGAGGAGGAGGAGGAUCAAGUACAAGACGUGGCAGGCGAGGAGGAGGAUGCAGAGCUGCUCGACCCGAGUGCUUUGACAGAUGAUGACCUGAAGGCCGCACUGCUCGAACACGGGGUUAAAGCUGGGCCCAUAGUCGCCUCCACCAGAGCCUUGUAUGAGAAGAAGCUUAGGAAACUUCAGUCUGAUGGACAUGGCCGUCUGAAUGGAGUAGAGAAAGGUGUAUUGUACUCUGACAGUGAAGAAGAGGAGGAAAAUGGAGAAGAGGAGGACGAAGAGUCAGGUUCCGAAGGAGCAAAAGAAGAAACAGUUGAGCAGUCAGACCGGGCACAACAAGGGAGUAGUAAGAAGGGUGCUUAUGUUUACCCGCAGUGUUUCUUACCUUCAUCAAGGCUGCAUGCUCGUGCUUCUAGAAACGGGGACGCUAGUCCCAAGUGGAAUUCAGGGAAUGCGAUAAAAUCAUUGGAGCGGAGUCGGCCUCACUGCUCACAGAGUCCCGUAGGAAUUACUAGAGCAUCCUCUGUAGAUCAACGCUCGGGAUUAGGAUCAGGGUUUCCAUCUGGAUUGCAAUCGGUUAUGUCCAAUGGUGACUCAUCAGUGUCCUCUCAGGCCUUCAGCAUCACUCAAAUGGUUGAGGAGAUGGAGAGUUGGAGGUCACUCUCUACAGGCUCAGACACUGAGAGACAGUUGAAUGGGAGCAAUGUGCAGGAACAUUGGUCGCGGUCCAACAGGCUGGACAUGCCAAUUGUGGACAAGUACACCACGAAGAACCAGUCUUUGUACUACACUCCCAAGGCAUCCACUUAUGAAUGGGAAAUGAAGCUUUCUCAGGAGCCUGUGAAAGAUACUUUCAAGGACAUAUUACCAAACAGUGAUGCCACACUCACAAGGAUCUAUGCCACUCGUCGGAAACCCAUCAAGGGUGCAGCGGGGAGACCUGUCCAGUACGCGUACCCAGACACUCCUACCAGUCCCACGACUCUGGAGAGGCGAGAGGUGGAGCGCCGCCUUGUGCCCAUCCAGAUACAGAUUUUGGUCUUCCUCAUUGUGGCGUGCCUCCUGUACAUCAUUUAUGUUUGUGUUGAGGACAACUCAUUCAGUCCCUUUGUAGCCUUUUUGGACAGUCUAAACCAGGGGUCAGAUGGUGAGGAGGGGCUUUUGCUUCAGGCUGAGACACAGGACAAACCAGCACUCUCUGGACAGGAGUAACUCUGGCUUAUUUAAUCCUCUACAUUGAUUCACAGAUGUGAGGGUUGCUUAUUUUGGUGAUGCAAGCCAUAAUGACCUUGUUCUGGGAUAUCUUCAGGGAGCACAUAUUGCUUUACUAUUGACUCAGUGUCUAUGGGAGCAAACCUCAAAGUCUAGUUUUACUGUUCUAUUGGUUUUGCUUAUGGAUGUGUUACCAAAGUACUCUUGGCAGUGUAGUUGAAACAGUUGCUAAAACACGGAAAUUAAGCUGAGACUUUGAAUAUUUUCUCAAAAGUAUAAAUAAUAAUGAUACUGCUAUAACUAUUUUCUAUUUCCUAACCCAAAUUGUCUAAUGCCAUGGUGUCUUUUCAAUGAAUUAGUGUCACUGUACUUGUAUGUAUUUUUUAAAAUUUGAAUUUGAACCAUAUUUCAAUAAAUUAUAUUUUGCUUCAUA